AUGUCCUCGAAAUUUGAAGAAAACAAAGCAAAGAAAGCCAUCUCUAUAUUUAAAACCUAUCUAUUACCCAAUAGUCCUCAUGAAGUGAAUAUUUCCGCUCAACACAGACAAAAUGCAGUCAAAGCCUUUGAACAAUCCGCUCAACUGCAAAACGAUAAGGCCAUGCUCGUUUCCGAGAAUGUAUUCGAUGAAAUUCAAUUAGCCAUCUUUUAUAAUUUGAAAAACGAUAAUUAUCCUCGGUUCACUACAUCACAACAAUUCAAAAACUUUCUCAAACACAAAGACAUUGCAUUUGUAUCAUCGAUUGCCAUCAAGAAAAACACGACCUAUAUGAAAUAUGUGCCAAAAAUUGAAGGCCUCAUUUGUGAUAGAGAUAUCCAAUUCUUCUCAUUCAUGGGUUUUAAUGAUGACUUGGAUGUGUGGGACGAAAUUUCAGUUUCCAAAGAUGCUCGUUGUGCCUGCUAUCAAUCGAAAAAGGAAUUUUAUUUUAAUGAUCGUUUGGGUCAAUCAGAAAACAUGAAUGGUAAAAUAAUGAAAAUGAAAUUCAUUGUUCCAUGUACGAAAGAGGAAGCGUUUAAUGUAUUUUCUCAUACACAUUUGAGGAAAGAAAUUUUAGAUAUUGAAAGUAUUAAUCAAGUAGAUUAUACUCCAAUUUCCAAGAAUAACAAGUAUGCUCAAACCAUUCUUCAAAUGCAACUUCAAAUGAAAGGUUUUAGUUGGAUUUUGAAACCACGUGAAGCAGUGGCCGCAAUUACUUGUGUCUAUGAUACAAAGAGAGAGAGUUUAGGCUUUAUUAUGAAAUCGACUGAAACUGUCAUGGUACCGAUUCGUAAAUCUCAUGUCAGAAUUCGAGUAUUGAAUGCAGCGUUCUUUACUGAUUGUCCAACCAGUACUACCAUUACAAGUCACAAGAUUCUUAAAAAACAAUCCAGUGAAUCCUCUUUAAAGAAAUCAUCCAACAAGAAGAGUACGAGUACUAGUAAUAGUAGUGGCAGUUCAUCAUCAUCACUCUCACAACCAUCGCUAUCAUCGACUACAACCACUCCUUCUGAAAAGAAUCAUGGUGAUACAUUGGAUGAUUUACGUAGCAGCUCGUCCUCUUCUGAUUCCUCUUUUGGUUCAUCUGCAGAACAUGCCUGUAAAUUAGUCUUUACCUCCUUUUUGGAUCUCAAAAUACCUUCAGAGACAGUGAAAAAGAAACUCUUCAAAACCAAGAAUAAGCUCGUCUAUACUCGAUUAUUGAAUGCAAUCAAAGAGAGUCGAUCUCUUGGAUUUCCUCGUGCCAAGUUCAGUGAGGGAGUUUUGGAUACACUCGAUGCAUUUAAGGAAUAUUAUUUAUCGAAUGAUUCAAAAGAAACUGAAAUGACAUGGGAAUUACAAGACGAAGAAGAUGAUAUGCUUCAUGAAAUUGUUGCACACAAUGAUCAUUAA